CCUUUCUGUUCACAUUCAUUCACAUUCACUACCUUACAAAAUCACAGAAUGUCGACCGCCGCUACUGACUCUUCUAAGAAGAUACGUUGGUUGCCUCUCGAAUCAAACCCAGAGGUGCUGGACAAGUAUGUUCGUGACCUCGGAACCUUGCCACCCUGGAGAUAUACUGACGUAAUGGGUCUUGAUGAAGAACUCUUGGCAUUUGUUCCUCAGCCUGUCCAUGCCAUCAUUUUGCUUUUCCCCAUUACACCCAAAUACGAAGAGUACUGCAAGGAGGAGAAGCAGCGAAUUGACCAAGAGGGUCAGGUUGUCAGUCCCAAAGUGGUUUUUUACCCGCAGACCAUUCGCAAUGCAUGUGGAACUAUGGGUGUGCUCCAUUCGAUUGCCAAUAAUUGGGCCUAUGGAGGACUAUUGAAAUUGAAGGAGGACAGCAUCAUAGAUCGGUUUUUGAAAAAGACCCUUGAUCUAUCUCCAGCAGAGAGGGCCAAGGCAUUGGAGGAGGAUAAUGCUUUUGCCGGUGUUCACGAAAGUCAUGCAUCCACGGGACAGACACAGACACCCGAUAUUGCAGAUGAGCUGGAUCUACACUUUGUUUGUCUGAUUGAGCGAGAUGGACACCUGUAUGAGUUGGAUGGAAACAAGCCCUAUCCAAUCAAUCACGGUACCACUUCUCGAGAUACAUUUUUGUUUGAUGCCAUGAAAGUAGCCAAGGAAUUUGUAAAGCGAGAUCCUGAUAACUUAAAUUUUAGCGUCAUCGCCGCGACAACAGCAGAAGCAGAUGUUUUGUAGAAUUUAAAGAGAACAGCCCAAUAAAUACCUGAGCUACGUCACCAAGAGAACAAAUAUGCUUCUGGCCACUUACUGCU